UCCUCCGGGCAAUUUUGCCAAGAAUUGCCAAGAAUCGUUGAAAUUUUCCUUGAAUUAUAUCUGAAAUUUCAUGAAAAGCUGUAACAAAAAGAAGUCAUCAACGGCUCUACGCGCAUUGCGCGCGCCAUCAAAUCGACUGCAGAUUCAGAUUCUACGGGUCAGGUUACCUAUAUACAUGAAGGGUUUCCGUGGCGCGCAUGCCAUACGCGGGCCAAUAUAAAGAAAAGAAUAUUGGGCUAAACGUCAAUUGAGUCGAACUUCGCUGCGCGCGCGGCCAAAAUUACAAGGGAUCCGCUUUGUCCUGGCGUUUGCAGGUCACAGCGACACCAGGCACCCCACCUUGCCAUCCGCUGCGGAACUCCACAACUGCAGUCGCAUCCCCAGCUCGCUCAGUUUAUGACCUGUUUCGGUUGUGCCUCUUAUCGCAACUCCAUAUCGCAACAACAACAACAGCGUCGACAACAAUGCCACCCAAGCGUCGCCCUCCGGCUGCGGCGAAAGCCAGCGGCGCAUCCUCCACAGCACGCCCCUCCAAGCUCGCCAAAGAACACAACCUCACCGCGCAGGAGGAGGCCGAAAUUCGUGAAGCUUUCAGCCUCUUUUCCGAGCCAAUGGAAGGCGAGAAGGAGGGCGUCAUUCCCAUAGGCGACGUGCGCCGAGCAAUGAUCGCCCUAGGUAUCCCGCCAACCUCAAAAUCCCAACUCGCCGAAUUCACCGCGGUGCUCGACCCAGAAGACGAAGGUUUCGCGACUUAUCCGUCCUUCUUCGCCAUCUGCGCGCUGCAGAUGCACGCGCGCAAUGCCUCGCUCUCGGAGGAGGCCCACCGCCAGGAACUAGACGAGGCCUUUGGCUUGUUUGUGGGCGGCAAUCAACCACACCCACCAUCAUCAUCAUCAUCAUCCGGACAUGGGAGCGCCGACCCCGUCAUUACCUUGGCUCAUCUGAAGCGGGUCGCCGCGCUGCUCAAGCAGGGCGAGGAGGAGGGGGUGACUGACGAGUUGCUGAGGGAUAUGAUCUUGGAGGCUAAUGGUGGCGCGGGCGUCGCGGCUGGCGUAAGGAAGGAGGAGUUUGAUUUGGUUAUGAGGCGGGCGGGCGUUUGGCGGUGAUUUAUCCUCAACGAGCAGGGAUUUGGCGUACGCAUAUUGCAGAGGUUCGGCGUUAUGGGAGGCAAAGGGCAUGGGUUAUUGGACCAGGAUCGGGGUAUGACGAACGACUGCAUCAUGGAUGAAUGAUCCUGCGCCCAGGCAUGG